AGACAAAAGUCGAGAUUUACCGUGGAAACAUGUAACUUAGCGCGCUAAUAAUGAGCUACCGGGGUUUAUUACUUGUUUGGUUUGGUGUUAGUUGAUCCAACACGCAGUCUGAAUGUUGCUGUGACAUCUCGGAAGAAUGAAAACUCGGGAUUCUCCACCACCGCCGCCACCGGUUCACGUCCACGUACCGGAGACCACACCUGUACAUGUUCAUAUGAGGAGGAGUCCCAGCAACACCCCACAGAACAGGACAAAAGAUGCCCAGGUGAACGGAGCGGGAGGGAGGCCGAAGGUCCGGUCGCCGUGGAUUCCUCCAGGAAGACUGUCCUGCCGAAGAGAUGGGGGCUCAUCCAAGUGCCAGAGAAGCCGAGUGCAGCAUCAGCCAGGAAGUGGGAUCGGAUGUCAGCAUGAUGGAGAAGCGCAGGAAGAAGAGGUGGAUGCGGUGUCCAAAAACCUCAGCGUCCUACUCCGAGAGCAAGAAGCCAGUCGCCGUUUAAAGAAGUCGGAUUCUAGAGGUCAACACAGAGAGACCGACGUGCUCCUGAGGGCGCUCGUAGAGGCAGAAAUCGACGGCGUAGCAGUAGCUAAUCAGCUGACAGCCCUGAAGGCAACUAUCGACAGCCUCGCUAAGGACAAGCGGCUGUCAAAGUUACACGCGGCUUCGCUGGGACGACAGCAGGACUUGUUAUUAGAGAAGAUAGAGAUGUUUGACAACACAAAUCAAAGUCUUCGAGAGCUCCUCAGAGAGUGGAGUGAAUACGAGAGAGAUUCACUGGUGUGGUCAGAACAGAAAGACGCAUUAAGGAAGAGACUGGCCGACUGCGAAGCAGAGAACAUUCGACUUUUGGCCAAACUCACCAACAAGGAGAAAGAGGCGUCCAAGCUGGCUGAGCAUCUGGACUUUGAAAAGGACAAUGUGAAGACGACGGAGGAGCUUUCAAGAAUCCUGGAGUCGACACGCGACCAUCUGGAGUCUCAGCUGCACCGAGCAGAAGCUGAAAAGGCCCAACUUGCUGCUCAGAUUCAGAGGAUGCAGCAGAGCCAGGAGCAGCAGCGGAAGGAGCUCCAGGCUCUGCAGGAGGAACUGCAGACUCAGAGGCAGCAAAGGGAAGAAGAGGAGGAAAAGGAGGAGGAGCAGGGGAGGCGAGACCAGGAAGCUCUGGCUUUGCUGACCCAGCGGGCUGAGCGAGCCGAGGAGUCCGUCAGAGAGCUCGCAGAAAAACUUCAGGAGAAGGAAACCCAGUUGGCUCAAGCUCUGUCCACAUCCAGUGACUGGUGCCUGCGACACUCUAAAGAGGCAGCUGCUAAAGGACAGAUGGAAGAGGAGCUCUCUGCUCUCCGACUCCAGGUGACCGAGCUGAGUUCUCAGCUUCGCUCAGCGGAGGAGAAGAGCCGGGCAGAGAGGGAGGAGCUCAGGGAUCAGCUUCAUCAUCUCAGCGCUGGAAACGCCUCCACCAAGCUGGACAACCAGCGACUCAAGGGUGAGCUGACGUCAAGUGAUGAGAAACUCAGGGGACUUCAGUCUGAAGCCCGUCAGCUGAAGUCAUCAAUCAAAAAGUAUGAAAACCUGGUGGAGAAAUACAAGAAGAAGGUCCAGCAGGCACGUCUGGAAUCAGAAGAGCACUGCCUGAAGCUGGAGAUGACGCAGCAGGAGAUGCGGGACGUGAAGGUGAGCCUGGAACGGGAGAGGGAGCACGUGAGGAGGGAACUGCUGGGCCGGCUCAGAGAGCUCGAGACGCUGCCUGACAGACUGAGGAGGACGGAGCAGCAGCUCCGAGACGCCCAGCAGGAGGUGGACGCCCACGAGAGGAGGAAUAUGGAGCACAGCUCUGCCCUCUCUGAAGUCAGACACAAGGUGGAACAGCAAGGCUCUCAGCUGGAGACAUUUCAGCAGAGGAACCUGCUGCUGCAGGAGGAGAACAACGUUCUCAAAGAGAAAAUUCAGAACUUAGAAAGGAGGCUGGAGGACGUGAAGGUAGAAAACAAAGACAUGUCUCAGGCUCUCACCUCAAAGGAAGCUGAUAUCCGCAGCAUUCAGCAGCAGCUGGAGGAGAAGACUUGUGAGUGCAGCAUCCUGUCCAGACAGCUGCAGCAAACUCUGGACGAUGCACAGAGACAGGUUGAUGACGGCAUGCAGAGGGUUUUGGCCAAAGAGAGAGUGUCCCAGUCUAAAGCUCUGGACCUGCAGAGCCAGCUGAGCCGAGCCAAAGCAGAGCUGAGUCAGCUACAGCGAAGCAAGGAGGAGAUGGAGCGUCGUUUCCAGAGUCAGCUGCAGAACAUGAAGGACAGACUGGAGCAGGCAGACUCUACAAACCGCAGCCUGCACAACUACGUUCAGUUUCUCAAAACCUCAUAUGGAAACGUAUUUGGUGACUCUUUGCUUCCAAGCUGACUGAUAAAUUCACCAACCUGGCCAGCAUUCAUCCAUUCCCAAAACACUGUAGUAGAUCAAAUUUACAUUUACUGAGUUUUAUACUAUCUAUGAAAUGAAUAAAGUUUUCUUUUUAUUAAAAUGUUUUUGUUUGUUUUUAAUUACCUCGGAUUUAUUUAUAUGGU